UCCCUUGCAUCUCUCUCGCUCGGUUCUCGUGUGUUUUGGUAGCGGCGUGUGUGUGCUGUUUUGUAUGGACGCUUAGCUGGUUGACGAUUUCGAAAAGGGGGCAGGACAGGUUUCGGUGAUUUUUGUGGACCUCCAAAAAACAACCCAAGCCGAUCAUCUAGCCGUGCUGCUUGUACCACACAAACUGCGACUUCUCGUGAAUGUCUCCACUUGUCACUUUCUCUGUUGGACCUUGAUUUCCAGACCAGGAAAAUCAUGGACGUUUUCCCGAGCGGAGACAUUUUCCAGGAGUUGAAGGUAUUGCACGAGACGGGAUGCUAUUCAGCAUUGCCAUCGCUAGAGGAACAUUGGCAUCAGAACUGUCUGGAGAUGGAACGGUACCUAAAAGCCGAGCCUUGCCAAACACAAGACAAGAAGAUCAAAGAACCCGAGAAUCCUUGGAACAAAUUCAUCCUCUCGUGUCAACAGGUCAUCCGAGAAAAGGAGGUAGAGACACUACUAAGUCUAUCGGACAGUGAGAGCAACGAUAGUCGCUUCGACAUAGACACGAUGAGUCUAUCUAGCUCCAGUGGUGCAUCAUGGGACAGCUCUGGUGAACUUUCACCGUCACCGACCUCGACAGUAACUUGUGAUCCGUUCAGGGCCGAAUUUAAAGCAAAAGUCAGUACCGUUACGUUAACACCGCCCUCUUCCCCGGAGAUUGCACGAAUGAUGCCAGUGACUGUACCUAUGAACCAGUUGGUUGCCGUCAGCAUGGUGCAUAGUAACGGUACUAUUGUGGACAGGACAACUGUGCGGGUUCGGAGUGUGAACCCGGCCCGGUCCAUAGGUAAACGAGCGGAGUCACCCGACAGCAAACGUCGAAUCCAUAAGUGUCAAUUCACUGGUUGUAGGAAAGUGUAUACAAAAAGUUCACACUUGAAAGCCCAUCAGAGAACACACACAGGUGAGAAGCCAUACAAGUGUACGUGGGAAGGCUGUGAAUGGAGGUUCGCCCGUUCAGAUGAGCUGACUCGCCACUACCGCAAACACACCGGUGCCAAACCUUUUAAGUGCAAUAGCUGCGAUCGUUGCUUCUCCAGAUCUGACCACCUGGCACUCCAUAUGAAAAGGCAUCUUUGACGUCCAAGAUGCUCCCGGGGCCAGAGGUACCUGGCCAGUCAAAGCAUCGCCACCCUGUUGCAUCACAGAUGAUCUUGCCCUAUCAAAUGUUUCCUCGGAUUCUAGAAGUCGCUUGGAUCCUUCAGUUAAAUAGAAUCGUCUCGAGGUAUCGCCGAACGCUGUUCGUCGCGCUCUGGGCAAGUACGCUGUCCAAUCGUGAUCUGAGCCUAGAGUAGCAACAGUUUGGCAGGCAACGUCUCAUGAAAUGGCAGGCAAAAUCUCCUAAAAAAAUUGUUCUUCAUUAAAGAAGUGUUUUGAGGUGAAAUAACCCUUUGAGUGUCAAUGUGCAUGUAUGUCAGCGGCCUCCUCUAACUCUGCAAAAAAAGGUUAAGGGACACUUGUAAAACUGUACUGUAAUAUGAAUCAUUUAUACCAUGUGUUUGUACAUGUACGUAUGUUAUCGGAAAACCUAAAAAAUUAUAACAAUUUAAUUAAAUAUACAGUAUAUAUCAAAUAUAUGAAGAAGAAAAAAACCUUUGGUGGAGGUACAGUGAAAGGCACAUAAAAAAAUAGAUGUUUCAAAUCUGUCUUAAAAAAGUCAAAAAUAUUGGUGAAUCUAAAAAAUGUACAAAUUGUAAAAAAAGAUUUAGUUUUCUUUUACUAUGAAAUAUGCGUCUAUUAUAUUUUUGUUUUUUGAACAUACUUGUUUAUUCCUUUUGUACAAAAAUGUUUGUUCUUUAUCAUUAAAAACUAUCUUGAAAUUCUUCUUUAAAAACAAAAUGAACGUUAUUUGACUGUGGCUUGUGGCGGCCAUGAUGUCGCCCUGACAUGCAGGGAGCUCAUUGUCAGUUGAGAGGCAUUUGUAGCCCCCAUGAAUUACAGGAGUGAAAACUAAUAUCAUUCCGUCUCGAGAAGCCGAUCUCAAAACCCUCGGAGGAAACAUCUCAUCAGAGUUAUCCUGGAAACGGUGCAGUUGCCUAGCAACACUCCAAAUGUGUAAUACAUAUUGUGACAACUGUUGCCGGGGCUUGCAGUGUCUCGGGGUGCUCGUUUGGUUGGGGAAAUAAGAAGUGGGGGUUGAGGGGGGAAUUAUUCAUGUUCCUUGCACAUUGAAGACAUUAUCAUCAGGGGGUAGUCGAGCGGAAGGCACUUUUAGAUCCCUGCGGUUUGUGUACUGUGUACACUGAAUAUUCAUCAUGGGGACUGUGCUCGUAUGGGUUUGUUCAGUAGUAUCCAUGUGUGGGUCCUAGCCAAUGAUUGCAAGUUGAUUUAGGUAUUUGUGUGUAACACUUCCUGUUCACCUGCCUUGUUACCAUGGUAAUGAGAAAGAGCCCCCCCCAGUCAACAACGACCCCCAAGUCUGCUGCAUUUUGGGUUAAACCAAUGAUCUUCUGAACUGCCUUAUUCUAUGUGAAUCUUUAGACCUAGAUCUUUAGAUGUGUGUAGCUCAGAUUUUGCUCCAGUAAGCUUUUGGAUACAGUUGGUAACUUUAUACCCACGAAGACAAUGUUGCUUGUUUUUCUAUAAUGCAUCUGUAAUAGUCAUCCGCAAGACAAUUUUAAAGAAAGUAAACAAUAAUGUUACACCCUAUAGUAUGUUGGUGAUCAACCGUUUCCCAUUUGCAGAAGUAUUUGUGAGUCAGUUUUUUGUCAGGAUUUAAAAAUAGUGUGUCCAAUUCUUUCAUUUAAACAUUUUUGACAUGUAAACGAAAAACUGACUAAAAGUAUUGUCUGCAUCGGACGCAGUGUGACCAAAAGACAUGCAGACACACUUCUGGCUGUCAUCCACAAGGGUGUUAUUUGAACGGUUUCAGUGAUGUAAGGAAAAUGUUGUCAGUUUGCCAAAAGUGUUUACUGUUUUUCUAAAAAUGUCAUAAAUAUUCACGCUUGUAAAAGUGCUCUUGCUUAACUAAAAAUGUUGCUCAUGGGAAUGAGAUCGUGUGUGCUUCAUUACCAUCUCUACUCUUCCAAAUCGUUGAAAAUGUAAGAUUGGGCUGUUAUUAUGUGACACUCGUAUGAGGUAAAAGUACAAACUUGUAAUUGAGCGUGCGAUGCAUGUAAAAAAAGCAACUUGCCAGCAUGGAGCAUGAAGCAUGUACUUAAAGUCAGCAAUAGUAAUGGAGGCGAACAUGGGUGAGGAAUUCUGAACAGCAACUCGGACAGCACCUCCCCCCCCCCCCACCCCAUACUUUUAGAAAAAUGAAACUUCAAUCGUUGUGUAAAUGUUAUGUAUCAUACACAAAAAUGUGCAUCAUGUACUGUACAAAGCAUAUGCAGCAAUCUAUCUCAAGACGAUUGGUAUUUAAGCCGCUGUACAGUUUACCUUUUAACAACUUGUCGUUCAAUAUAGUUUGGGUGUUUAAAGUUACUCCAACCCACAACUCACCGUUCAGAUUAUUUUUUACUCAACUGGAUCAAGACUCUAUAGAUUAUUUUUAUUCCAAGUGGCCUUAUGUUUACUGUUGAUGUACAUGGUGCUGUGUAGCUGUAGAUUUGGUGGAUAUCUAUUAGGGGGUGGGAGUCUAUUUCAGUUAUUCUCGUACUCGUCUGUGAAUUUAAAGGAAACUAAAGACGUGUACUGGUUAUUCAAUUGAGAAGCAGCUGGUGUGUGUACUUGAGUGGGUAUGAUAAUUGAUGUUUAGCAUUUAAAAUAGAAAUUGAUCUGUAAAAAAAAAAAGAGUGUUUUGUCUUAGAUGCUUAUGAUGGAUUAUCGCCCAAUGGUCGCCCAAAAUUUCCUAGAAGGGAAGGAGUUAUAUUUGCAUGAUUGUUUUUGUACUUGGAGGGGCCUUAGUUACACUACAGUGACUUGAAAGCUGGCCGGGGUCAACCUUUUAAAAGAGACUUUUGCUUCUUUGCAAGGCUCUUUGAAGUGUGGGAAAAUAAUUUCUAACAUUGAAGGUUGUAGAAUGCCAGGUAUUUCUUUUUGUGAUGAGGCAGCCAUGCAUGCAAGUUGAAACUGUGCUUGGGAAACCUUGCAAUAAGUUAUGGUGCUGUAGUCACUCUAUGGUGCAGUGUAGGUCCUUCCUUUAGGCUGUGGGAUUUGCCCCAGAGGCAAGGUCGCCCAGUCUAGGUAUAAAAAACCCAGGCUCCCAGGGUUUCCAUUCUUUCCCUGUGUGAGAGAGAAACACCUACAAACAUUGUAUUGUAGACAACCAACUAUGCAUGGAAUGCAAGAGGCGGGGCUUAGUGGUAUUCAUUUGUUGUACACUGUGAGCUGAUUGGACUUUCAAAAAUGUAGGCGUGGCAAAGGGGGACCUCUGAGGUCAGUCAGGUCACCAGAAAUUUUUCUCUUUCGCUUUUGGUAUUGACAUCAGGGGGAACCAAACCUUAAAACUCACUGGUAUGCAAACAAAAUACACUGGGAUCAUUGUUGGUUUUAUUGAAAAGAUUAGUGUUGAUAUAAAACCAUGCAACCACUGGUACUGAAUGGUUUUUUAAUGACCUAUGCAUGUGCACUAUGGCAUACCCUUGAGCAAUAUGGUCACUGUAUGUGCACUACAUGAAGACCAAAAUAUCUCACAAGUCACAGGCUCUUGGGGUUUGUAGGGCACAGAGCAAACACUUGUCUUGUUUACAGCCUCUCAGUCUCACUGGUUGCUGGGCACUAACUUCCUUUUUUUUAUGGUAUGUUUGUGGUUUUGCCAUUUCAUUGAAAUGCAGAAAGAAUCCUGGCUUCAAUGCAUUGUAUAGGACCUUAAUCAGCGACCAUCUUGAUUUUUUCCCAUUCAAACCAAUGAAGCCAAACCAAGGCUGGAAGGAGAAAAAGUCUGGUUCCUUUUUGUGCAACAAAUAUUAGCAUCCUUUACUGUUAUUGGAUACAAGGAACAAGACCAAGAUGGUGGCAGUCAUAUUUCAUAAUCUUUCUGCCUGUGGUUGUGUGGUAACAGUUGCACUUUGGGUCACAAAAAAACAACAACAUGGUAUGAUGUCAAUGUAUUCAAAACAAAACAUUUCCUGUGAGAAAUCUACUUUCAUAAUAGCUGAUUACAAAACUCGAUACAAUUUGGCUGCUUCAUAAUCAAAUCUUAUUGAGCCAAGUCAUUCUCAAUUUCUCCCCAUUGCAUGUGUCGUUGAAUUUCAAUAACUUAAAAACAAACCUCACAACCAGAUGUUUUCCAGUAGACUGUUACUCAUCUUGGCUGUAUUCCUCUGUUUCCAUGGGGAGGUUGGGGAAUUUACAGCCAAGACCUUGGGUAAAGACUGACUCAGAGGCUAAGAUAUGACAUUCUGCAUUCAAGGAAUAAAUGGCAAUUCCCACAGGCUCUGUUUGGAUGAGUGAAGCUUUGGGUGAUGGGAGAAUGACCAAAGCUAUACAGUGUACAGUAAUGUAUGCUGCUGAAUAUGCUCAUAGUCCAAAGCUAGACGUUGCAUGAUUUUAUUUACUCAUAGCCGUAGUCGUAGAUUCGUAGAAUAGAUUCUGUCACUGUAUCUACACUAAAUACCAAACAGUGUUUGACUUGACACUGUUUUUAGAGUCAGUCGAUGGAGUAAUUUCAAAUGAACUUGAAUAUUUCUUUUUUUACUCGCUCUUUGAUGCACUGAAAUUGAUUCGUUAAAGGAUUUCAUUAGGAAAUCAUGACGUCGCAAACUUCUGGUGGAGUCGCUGUUUGGUGUAAAAUGUGUAAUACUGUUAUUUACUAUGAACUUUGGAAUUUACAAACUGAAGUUUGAGAAAUAAUUUUGACAUGAUUUUAGUGAUUAAUAUAAUGAUUGAUAGUAAGCUUAAUAGUCAUGAUAAAUUAAAGAAGAAAAAAAUGUUGGGCAUGAGGUUUUUUAUUGGAAGACAUGAAUUUGAUAAGAUUUGUAUUUCUUGUCGGUUUGGUCUUUUUCGGAGGCCUCAAUUAUGCCCAACAGCCAAAAAAAAAUUAAAUGAAAAAAAAA